AUGACAACGGCUGGUGUAAUAUUCAACAUUCAAGAAGAAGUUCUUGUGCAAUCGGCAAUACCUUUCAUCCCAAACCUUGUAAAUGAUUCGAGAACGCCGUAUAUAGUCUAUCUUAAUGAAGGUACCGCCUCGACACAGAUGUUUCAAGAACCGGAACUAACACUUAAGUAG